GGGGGCUGAGGACUUUUCGAAGGAAAGGGUCCGCCUAGCCCUGAGUCAAGCGGUCUUACUGUACCGCCGUGUGCAUUCCCUCAUACGGUCAGGAGUUAUGACUCAUUUUGAAGAUGUAAUUCUUGUCUCUCUGAUCCCCUCGCGGGUGCAACACACCAAACAAUCGAGCCUGCGUGCUGCCGAAGCAGGGCGCCGAGUCCAUGCGAACUGCCAUCUGAUCCGCUCUUAUCAAUGAAGCAGCCGAUCAUGGCGGAUGGCCCCCGGUGCAAGAGGCGCAAACAAGCCAAUCCCAGGAGGAAAAACGUGGUGAACUAUGACAAUGUAGUGGACACAGGUUCUGAAACAGAUGAGGAAGACAAGCUUCAUAUUGCUGAGGAUGACGGUAUUGCCAACCCUCUGGACCAGGAGACGAGUCCAGCUAGUGUGCCCAACCAUGAGUCCUCCCCACACGUGAGCCAAGCUCUGUUGCCAAGAGAGGAAGAGGAAGAUGAAAUAAGGGAGGGUGGAGUGGAACACCCCUGGCACAACAACGAGAUUCUACAAGCCUCUGUAGAUGGUCCAGAAGAAAUGAAGGAAGACUAUGACACUAUGGGGCCAGAAGCCACGAUCCAGACCGCAAUUAACAAUGGUACAGUGAAGAAUGCAAAUUGCACAUCAGAUUUUGAGGAAUACUUUGCCAAAAGAAAACUGGAGGAACGCGAUGGUCAUGCAGUCAGCAUCGAGGAGUACCUUCAGCGCAGUGACACAGCCAUUAUUUACCCAGAAGCCCCUGAGGAGCUGUCUCGCCUUGGCACGCCAGAGGCCAAUGGGCAAGAAGAAAAUGACCUGCCACCUGGAACUCCAGAUGCUUUUGCCCAACUGCUGACCUGCCCCUACUGCGACCGGGGCUACAAGCGCUUGACAUCACUGAAGGAGCACAUCAAGUACCGCCACGAGAAGAAUGAAGAGAACUUUUCCUGCCCUCUCUGUAGCUACACGUUUGCCUACCGCACCCAGCUCGAGCGGCAUAUGGUGACGCACAAGCCAGGGACAGAUCAGCACCAAAUGCUAACCCAAGGAGCAGGUAAUCGCAAGUUCAAAUGCACAGAGUGUGGCAAGGCCUUCAAAUAUAAACACCAUCUGAAAGAACACCUGCGAAUUCACAGUGGUGAAAAACCUUACGAGUGCCCAAACUGCAAGAAACGUUUCUCCCAUUCUGGUUCCUACAGUUCGCACAUCAGCAGCAAGAAAUGUAUUGGUUUAAUCUCUGUAAAUGGCCGAAUGAGAAACAAUAUCAAGACGGGUUCUUCCCCUAAUUCUGUUUCUUCUUCUCCUACUAAUUCAGCCAUUACCCAGUUAAGAAACAAGUUGGAGAAUGGAAAACCACUUAGUAUGUCUGAACAGACAGGCUUACUUAAAAUUAAAACAGAACCACUAGACUUCAAUGACUAUAAAGUUCUUAUGGCUACACACGGGUUUAGUGGCACUAGUCCCUUUAUGAAUGGUGGGCUUGGAGCCACCAGCCCUUUAGGAGUUCAUCCAUCUGCUCAGAGUCCAAUGCAGCACUUAGGUGUAGGGAUGGAAGCCCCUUUACUUGGGUUUCCCACCAUGAAUAGUAAUUUAAGUGAGGUACAAAAGGUUCUACAGAUUGUGGACAAUACUGUUUCCAGGCAAAAAAUGGAUUGCAAGGCUGAAGAAAUUUCAAAGUUGAAAGGUUAUCACAUGAAGGAUCCAUGCUCUCAACCUGAGGAACAAGGAGUUACUUCUCCUAAUAUUCCGCCUGUCGGUCUUCCGGUAGUGAGUCAUAAUGGUGCCACUAAAAGUAUUAUUGACUAUACGUUGGAAAAAGUCAAUGAAGCCAAAGCUUGCCUCCAGAGCUUGACUACUGACUCAAGGAGACAGAUCAGUAAUAUAAAGAAAGAGAAGCUACGUACUUUAAUAGAUUUGGUCACCGAUGACAAAAUGAUUGAGAACCACAACAUAUCCACUCCAUUUUCAUGCCAGUUCUGUAAAGAAAGUUUUCCUGGCCCCAUCCCUUUGCAUCAGCAUGAACGUUACCUUUGUAAGAUGAAUGAAGAGAUCAAGGCGGUCCUGCAGCCUCAUGAAAACAUAGUCCCCAACAAAGCCGGAGUUUUUGUUGAUAAUAAAGCCCUCCUCUUGUCAUCUGUACUUUCUGAGAAAGGAAUGACAAGCCCCAUCAACCCAUACAAGGACCACAUGUCUGUACUCAAAGCAUACUAUGCUAUGAACAUGGAGCCCAACUCCGAUGAACUGCUGAAAAUUUCCAUUGCUGUGGGCCUUCCUCAGGAAUUUGUGAAGGAAUGGUUUGAACAACGAAAAGUCUACCAGUACUCAAAUUCCAGGUCCCCAUCCCUGGAAAGAAGCUCCAAGCCGUUAGCUCCCAACAGUAACCCUCCCACAAAAGACUCUUUAUUACCCAGGUCUCCUGUAAAACCUAUGGACUCCAUAACAUCACCAUCUAUAGCAGAACUCCACAACAGUGUUACGAAUUGUGAUCCUC